CACUUGGUAUUCUGUUGGAGACCGUCAAACGAUACGGACGAACAUUUUGUGCUUUUAGUUUUUAUUCAAAGUGAUUUUUUUUGUACUGAAUAAAUAAUAUAAAUUUUAAUAGAACUCUAUGGAAGUUGUCUUACGUCAGGGUAUAAGAUUUUUAUUUUGAUGGUGGUUAUUGUAAUAUGCUGUGUUGUGUUUUUUUUUCGGAAAUAAGAGUGCCUAAUCAAUAUGUGAGAUAAUUUGCAUAAGAAUUGAGUUGGAAAAAAAAGAAUAAUGUUGUACAGAAGAAAAUGAGAUACAGAGUAUAAUGUAAUGAUCAACCGUAACUGAACAAAUUAAAUUAGUGGGAAAAAAACUUUCUUAUAUCUCUCAAGCACAAAUUACUUCUUCUUCUAUUUUUCUUCAUAAAUUUUGUGUGUUAAGUAACGUCUUUUAUUUAAAAAAUCUUUUUAAAAAAUAUAAAUACAAUGGGUGAACGACGUGGUACAAAGGCAUUAGAAUUGUGGUGUCGUAGAAUGACUGCUGGAUAUUCAGGAGUCAAAAUUGAGAACAUGACAACAUCUUGGCGUGACGGACUUGCCUUCUGUGCAAUUAUUCAUCACUUCCGUCCAGAUCUCAUUGAAUUUGAUAAACUUGACAAGAAGGAUGUCUACUACAACAAUGAAUUGGCAUUCAGAACAGCAGAAAUUCAUUUGGGAAUUCCAGCCCUUUUGGAUGCAUCUGAUAUGGAAUCACACGAAGUUCCAGAUCGUCUCUCUAUUUUAACAUAUUUAUCGCAGUAUUACCAAGUAUUUGGAGCACAAGACGCCUCUAUUCAGUCAAACAAUCGAAGAUCAAUAGCUGAGGAAUCAAAUGCCAUCGACACAAAAACAUCAGAUUCACCACAAAUGCUCUCUCGGGGAGUUCUUCGUCGUGAGCCCUGCUUCAAGUGCCAGCUGCCGGUCUUUCUCGCCGAGAGAUUGACCAUCGAUGGUCGGGUGUAUCACAGAACGUGCCUAAAAUGUGCCCGUUGUGGGCAUCAAUUGACACCAGGGAGUUUCUAUGAGACAGAAGUUGAUGCAGAAUUUUGCUGUGAGGUAUGUCCAGAUGAAGAGGCAUCUCACAGGUAUGCCAAUAAGGAUGAAGACGGAAGUAGUGCCUUUGUGGUUGAGCCGAUGACAGAAUCGCUAGCCAUUGAGAAGCAAAAUAGUUUGUUGAAGAAAUCUCUGAGUGAUGAGGAGAAACGUGAGAGUCUGGAGAAGCUUAAGGGGAAGGAUCAAAAGUCCAUGUUGGACUUUAUUGUUACACAAUUUGAUGGGAAGAAAGAUGAUGAUGAGAUGGAUGAGGAGGAGGAGGAGGAGGUAGUAUCAGCUGAAAAGACUGAAACAGAUCCAAUGGAUUCUCAUGUUGUUGCAAGUGACAUAAUUAGCGAAGAUGAUUUGAAGCAGAGUGAAGAAGAAAAUGUGAAGAUAGAAGAAGACUCCCAAAUUGAUAAAACUCACAAAAGUCCCAAUUCUGAGGGGACUGAUGAUGCAUUGCGAACAAAUGACUCAAAUGAGGUCAACAAUGACACAAGUGUAGAUGAGAAAUUGAGUAAAUUAGUUUUAGAUGAUAGGGAGCCAGUGCCUUGUGAAGAAGCAUCGUCAGAUAUUUCAUGUGUUACCAAAGAUGAGGACGAAAUUGAGGAUAAACAGAGAGUUUCUGACGCAAUUCCAGCAGAAGGUCCAGCUCCAAUUCCACCAAAUGUGCCAGCUUGCAAAUCAUUGAUAAAAGUGCCUGUUGUAGAAAAUAAGUCAGUUAGUAGUAGUGUUGAUGACGCACCUAAAGAUAGUGCUAAGACAGCGGAAUCAAGUGCACAGCCUAGAACCAGUGAAGUUGUCCCAGAGUGUCAGUCAGAGCCAAAAGCACUCACCCUAAAAACCUAUCCGAAUGAAUUGAAUCCCUUCGGCUCUGAUGACGAUGAUGAAGAAAUUGUUGAUGAUGCCAAGAAAAUGGAGGAAAAAGCACAAAAACUCAAUCCAUUUGACAGUGAAGAUGAAGUUAAAGAGGAGAAAGUCAAGCCGGGAAAUCCCUUUGAAGACGAUGCUGAAGAAGAAGAAGCCACAACUGUCAGUCAACCGAGUUCUGUUAAGCCAUCUCCCAGAAGGACACCAGUUCCAACUCCAAGGAAAACAGUUCCGAAUGUGAGAAGAACUCUCGAUGCGACCCCCAAUCAGCAGUAUCUGCUGGUAUCACCAGGUGCCAUGGCAAGAGACAUGUACGGAAGUUGUGCAUCUCUCAGUUCAACAAUUUCUGCACGCAAUGAGUCACACGGCUCGAUGAAUUCCCUGUCAUCGUGCUCAACAGCCGGCGGCAGUGGAGUGAAGCACAAGAAGGGAAAAGCACCUCUGCCACCGGUUUCUGCUGAAAAGAGUCCCAGGGUCAGUCCUAGGGCUCGAAAGAAGCGUCCAGCUCCGGCUCCGCCGUUGCCCAAGGCGUCUCCUGAACCGAUUAGCUGCGAGACAAAGAGACGACUGAUCCCUCUCGAUGCUGAACUUCUCACGGAAUCUGAGGAGAAGGGCGACGGAGGAAUUGGUCAGGAUUAUCCAGGAAUCUCGUACAGGAGGAAAAUUGUGCCAGAAGCUGCGGAUUUUGCGGGGAAUUCUGACAGUGAAGAACGAGAGGGAUCACAUGAGAGGCAAUGGGAGAAGCUGAAGGAUAACAAGGAUUCCAAGAAUCGCAAUAGAAGAUCUCAUAUUUCCUACGGAGACGAUGACACGGUCUACAGCGAUAAAUCUUCGCAUGGGAAAUGGAAGAAGCGCAAAGGACCAGCUCCGGCUCUUCCAGUGCCGCCCAAGAGAGUUCUGCAGAUGCUGCCGCUGCAGGAGAUUCUGCAUGAGUUAGAGGUGAUUGAGGUGCAGCAGCAGGGUCUGGAGAAGCAGGGGAUAAUGUUGGAGAAGAUCAUCAGGGAAAGGUGCGAAGGGGAGAGCCCGGAAGGAUCGGGGGAAGCGACGCUGUCGAGGGAUACUCUGAGCAAUUUGCCGACGCAGAACACCAAAGAAGUUGAGGAUCUCAUUAUGCAACUCUUUGAUCUGGUCAAUGAGAAGAAUGAACUUUUCCGGCGUCAGGCUGAAUUGAUGUAUCUGCGUCGGCAGCAUCGAUUGGAGCAGGAACAGAUUGACCUGGAGUACGAGAUUCGGGUCCUGAUGGCGCAGCCGGAGAGGAAUAAAACGGAUUCGGACAAAGCCAAGGAGGAAGCACUGAUAUCUCGCCUUGUGGAAGUUGUUCAGCUGCGGAAUGACGUUGUAGACAAUCUCGAGAGUGACAGAUUGAGGGAAGCAGAAGAAGAUUUGAGCAUCAAGCAAGAGAUUGAGAAACACACGGCCAAAAGGGAUGAAAGCCUAAGAGAUGAGACAUCAACAAAAUUGUCCAAGAAGGAGAAGAAGAAGCAAAAGGAAGCCAAGAAAUCCAAGAACAAGAAGAUUGACGUGGACAAGGAUGACGACGAAACUGAGUCAAAUGGCAACAGAGAGAAGAAGAAGAAGAAAAAAUUCCUCAUUAUCUAAAAUGUCUCUUUUAUUAUCCUGGUUAUCCUACGAGCUGAAAAAAUGGCCUACUAGAUAAAAAAAAUGAAAUAAAAAAUAUUCAGACAAAAAAAAAUAUUUUUUCAAAAUUAUCGUGAACUAUUGUGAUAGGAAAAAUUGGGAAAAAUGAUUAGAGGAAAAACUCUCUGAAGUAUAUUUUUUGCAUAAAAUCUUUAAGGCUAUUUCAUCGUCAAAUUGAAGAAAAAAAAGUUAAAUAGCAUUUAGCAGCAGCAUUUUAUUUUCCCAAUUUGUUGCUGAUAAUUUCUGUAUUUUUUGUAUUUUUAGUUUUUAAGAAUUUUGUGAAGAAAAUGUUUGAGUAAAUUUUUUUUUGUACAAA